AUGGUUGUUGAGAUCCAGAGGACAGAGGAUCUUUCCGUCCUGUGCGAAUGGGACGGGUUUGCUAUUCAUGGCCAAAAGGACGGCCAUCUCGGGCUUGGGUUUCCGACUGCUCUCACAGCCGUGGAUUACGUUCAGAUCAAGCAAUGGGUAACGUCGGGAGUUGUCGCAAAGAGCGUUUUGGCUGCAGAGUCCACCAAGCACUUUGGACUUGAGAGAAUCCGUGUAAAAGGUUCAGCGAGCACCGAGUGCGGACUCGCCAUUCUAGUCGUUCUUGAUGGCAAGUUGUUGUUGCAAACUUCGCACUCUGAUCCCUUGCCACUAUCCAAGGGGUUCACAGUGGUGAUUCCCCAUGAAGAAGGCGAGCAAAGUUUACAAGGGGAGGCUGAUGCGCUGAUUGCUCGACCGCCUCAGUGA